AUGCGUUUGAUUGAGGCAAAGAACCAAGAAGGGAAUGUGUCUCAGACAGAGAAAGUGUUUAAGUUGUACUGGACACGUCGCCACCCUGCAGGAAACAUAAGUACCGAUGACUGGGAAGCUACUCAUUGGAAGAACAUUCCAGUGACACGUGGAAAGAGUGCACAUUUGCCUACAUCGGCUUUGCACUGGCUAUCAAUCCCGAGUGACGAUGAGCUGCACGUAACACAAGUUGCGCCAUUGAAACGGUGGAAGAACUACCACCAACAAACAAGAAAAAAAGAAGAAUGCGGAGAGUUGGAUUCGGAUUCACACAUAGGCGACACGAGUGAUAUGGCUCCUCACGUGGAAAGAGUGAGAUAUCUUGUGGAGAAAAUACUGGACACAAGGAAAGUGAAAGGCGAAAGAGAAUACCUCAUACUUUGGCAAGAUUAUAGUAUUGAAGAAGCGUCUUGGGAGAAGGCUAGACAUUGUGAAUGUCCUGAUGCCAUUGCUGCUUUCUACAAAGAAAGACGAGCUGCUAGGUUCAAUAAACCUUACAGUCGCUCAGCCAUCACUACUUAUACGUUACGGAAGAAAGAGGAACCUCCUCGGCCACGCGUUCAUCGCACUCGCAGUUCAACUAACAUUGAGGACGGCGGAAGAAAUGUAGAAAUAACAUCAGAAGAUCAAGGAGAAGCUGCCUUUCAUCUAUACCAAAUCCAAAGUGGCAGGAAGAUUGAAGCUUUAUUGGGAAUCAAAAUCAAAAGAUCAGAGAUCCAGUACAUGGUCAGGUACAGAGGUCGUGAGCCUAAGGACAAAAGAACUGAAUUCGUCCCAUCCCAAGUUCUUCGGCUGUAUGCUGUCGAGGACUUCGUCGAUUGCUUGGAGCAGCUGGCACUGGCAAAUUGCGAGGGCAUGAUGCUGUAG